AUGUUGAUCAGUAGUGCAAAACAUUCUGUUAGACCAAGUACUAAUGAAAGUAAUAGUUUAAAUACAAGAUUAUGUAAAAACCUAUAAUCUAUGACACUAAGUGCAAGAUUCUAAACAGAAUUAUAGUAAUUGGAAUCAUAAAAUGAACCAUUUCUAUUUAAUUAAUAACGAUCAACUCUAAGGUAAUUUAUUAUUAAAUUUAGUUCUGUGGAUAUGAGUAGAUAGAUUAGUUCAAAACAAUCAUAUAGAUCCAGCAUGCCAAAUAUUAAUAAUAAUAAUAAUGGAUAUCAUAAUUUAUCAUCUAAGAGAAAAAGUGAAGGAUUAAUCCUAAGAACAACACCAUGUUUAAUAUAUAUGCCUGGUCUUAAAUAGGAAGAAUUCAAAGAAGAAACAUAAUAAUAACCUGUUUAAAAAAAAUAAUUUAAAGCUCCUUUAUUGAAAACUCCUAUUAAACAUAUAAGUUUUCAAUUUAGAAAUAGAGAUAAAUGGAAUCCACUCUAAAAAAUAAAUUGA